CUGCAUGUAAAAAAAAAAAGCCCUUUUUUUUGGCUGCACCUUCCUGUUUCUAAAUGUGUCUGUUUACCGGUGAGGAAAUGCCAUCACCCUUCCGCUCUCUGUUUACUGGCUCGAGAAACGCUAUUAGGAGAAGCAGGCAGAAGAUUUCAAAGGACGUCUGGAUCGCAUCAAUCACAGACGGGUGAUUUUUGUUCAGCUCUGAAGGAAUAUGAAGCUUCGCUGGGAGUCGCCGGUUCUGUGGGCAGUCCUGCUGUCCUCCUGUCUGCACGGUGCUCUCUCCAUAAGCUCCGGGAGACUGUACUCAAAACGCUGUUCCUACCUCUCCUACUGGAGCGAGAGUGAGUGUCGGGCGUGCGAGAAGGACUACCCCAGAGAAGCAGGAAAGGAAUAUUCUCCGAACUGCGGCAUCCCUGAUGAAGGAGGGCGCUUGACCACACCUCUGCGGCCGUGUGCUAACGGGACAUACAACACUGGCACCCACGACCUGUGCCAGCCCUGCAGCAAGUGCCAUGGCAGACGAACCCUGAGACGCUGCAGCGCUACCAGGGACACGCAGUGCUGCGGAGAGGGCGACUGCCAGCCCGUCUGCUGUUGGUGUUCGGGCAGCGUUGGCGAGGAGUCUGGGAACACCGAGUGCCCGCACGCUGACUUCUCCUGUGUGCCAGCGGAGGGAACGCAGUGCCUGCAGUACCAGGAAGGGACCACUGACCCCGGGCAGAGCACCGGCCAGACCCCCGCAGGUCUGAUGAUGAUGACAUCAGCGCAUGGAACCAUGUCCCAGACAACACCAGCAACAAGACCAUAUGUUUGGUGUUCAGUGCUGGUGAUUCUGGUCGUCGUAGUGACGGGAAUCGUUCUCUCUUUGGUUUCUAAGAAUCACAAGCAGCUGCAGGACAGACUCGACCUGGCAGCGCACGACAGCGAUGGGGAAUCUGAACUUUCACCUCCCUCAGACAAGCUAGAAGACGGACCUGUCGAGGUUUUCACUGAUAAAACCCUGAAUGAGAUGCUGGCCCCCGGGCUACAGGAGGUGCCCUUGCAGAGGGUCCUGGAUGACCUGGACGUUCUGGAGGAGUUGGUCAUGCUGCUGGACCCCGAGAGCCCCAACAGCAGGACCACGAGGCACCUGGCGGCCCGCUGCAGCUUCCCUGCCACCUGGAUCAACUACACCUACUCCAUGCGCGACAGCAAGAGCCCCCUGAAGGCCGUGCUGGAGGCCGUCUCCGCCAAGUGGCCCGACUGGACCGUGGGGCAGCUGGCCAGGGUCCUGGCCGACAUGGGACGGAACGACGCGGUCAAGAUCCUGGCGAGACUCCCCCCAGAUUCCAGGGAGGCGCUAUAGCCGCAACCCCCCCCCCCCCCCCCCCAAGAUCCGACUGCAUUGAGAUUGGCAAACAGACACAGCCUGCGUGGAGGACGUGUUGACAGAGAUACAGUAGAGAAAUAAAAUGACAUGUAUGCUGUAGUCUGUAUGGAAGACUUUCACAUUAAACACAGAUACAAAAAGCAGUUAUUUCACCAAUCUACCAGUAAAUUCAACCACUUAACUCCCCACCUCUUUUGUCACUAUAUAUAUAUAUAUAUAUAUAUAUUAGUGAACAGGGACAGAAAUAAGACUCCCGUUGCACAGCAGAUUGAUCCAUUCCUGGUUUCACCAUCAGUUUAAUAAGACACCCCUGAGCUUGUUAUCUGUACACAAUGGGGGCUAAUUAAUCUCAUGGUAAAACCUGGAGUGGAUGAAACCGCUAUGCAGCAGGAGUCUUAUUUCAAUCCCAGCUGAAGAAUAUAACCCCCCUCCCCCCUCCCCCGAUGCAACACCCUGUGUGUGACUCAACUGGAGCUCCUAACACCUAAUCCAAGACAGGCGAGACUCGGGGUCAUUUCAUUUUUUUUUCUUCAAACAUCUUAACAUCUUUAUUGGGCAAAUGACAUCAUAAAUAAGAAAAAGUGCAUAGAAAAAUUAAACUGGUUUAGAAAUAUUUAUACAACUAUGUACAAAACGAGAUUUUCUGUGUUUGUUUGUUUUAUACAAGGUAACAAAGCCAGUUCACAAAAACAUUUUGUUGUUUAAAAAUUAAACUUAGUCACGUA